GCGGGAUCUAGUUGAAUCAGUUAAGAGUAAAACACAAUACAGGAUCAUUGCAAGAGGCAAGAGGUCAAGAAAAGUUUGGCAAGAUCAUGGAGCAGAAAUAUGAGGAUGAGAUCCAGUCGCUUCAGAAGGAGAUUGAAAUGCUGGAGGCUGAACGGGAAGAGACUUUACGAUCCAUUUUCAUAGAGCAUGGAGACCGACUACAGCAGGAAGUGAAGUCUUUCUUUGACGAAUUGGAAGGUGAUGGAGAACAGAAACACACUCUUUCAAAGCUCAUCACGCAAAUCAGAGACCUGGAGAAAGACCUGAAGCGACAGACUGAAAUCAACGGCAUCACUCUAAACGAGUGUUUCGUGAAGAGGUUGAACAAAAGUGAACGCAGACAGGUACAGCAAGUAAGACUUGCCGGUCACUGUGGUCUGCUUUUGUUUCAAGUUGAGUUUGCAGUGACUGAGAUUCAGGAGGGUAAAGCUCUGCUCAGGAGGAUUACAGAGCUCAAUAUUGUCGUGGAUGGCGCUGAAUUCAAAGAUUUCUCUGCGUUUGUGUCCAGGGUGGAAGACACGAAAGAUCUUCUCUUGUUCUUUAGGACCUUGAGCACGUUCUCUGAGAGGUGUGAGGAGAGACAGCGAACGUUUCAACACUUUCAGGAGAAGUAUCCAGACGUGGUCGGCCUCCCCGAGGGAUGCAGAUCGGAGCUUAUGGUCAUGCGGAGUCCUAAACUUCCCGGGAUCUCCAUGACCAUGUUUUGGAAGAUUGAUGUUUCCAAGGAGGGACUGGUAAAACCAUCACUGGACCUCCUUAUGAAGAUGUCAGAUCAGGCUUGUGAAAUGGACAAGAAUGUGAUGGAAAACGGAUGUGAUCACUUCAGGAGUCUCCUGCAGAUCCUCGGGGUGGAGGCAUCCAUCGAGGGUUUGAUAAGAACAUUGUGUCUAUCUCUGGGGAAGGGACUGGCUUCACAGUACAGACCACUCUCGGACAAGUGAACUUUCCAGGGCUCUCCCGAGCGAUUCGAGUCUCCGCCACUCAGCAGGGCCGAACAAAUGACCUGGAUGAAGUCAUUGAGGAUUACUUUGCCAGACUGAUGCCCGUUAUAGAGGCUGUUACCGUGAGGGAAAUAAGGCCGAAGGUGCUGA